AUGGCUAUUACCCUGGAAAACAUCAAGUUCUACCCUCCUUCCCUUCCUGUACGCCCAACACGAAAAUGCCCUGCAAAUCGUCCAUCUCCUCUCUAUUAUCACAGCCCAAAUCGAACCAAUAUUUCUAUCCCAACACCGCAACCUUGGUCCCUUCCUCCCCGUCCACCAGUGACUAUCCCUCCAAGCACGACCUCCCAGCCAGGGAAUACCCCCUGUCCCUUAAGCAGCCCUGUGUACCUGAAUGACUUCGAUCGGGCCAUACAAGAUUUUCCGCAAGAGUCUGCAGGCGUUUUCACUCAAGUGGAAGCUCGAAAGGACGAAGAGAAAGAAGAUCCACUGGUACCUGAUGGCCAGGUCAACGGCGGCAAUCUGCCAUGCGGCACACCGUCUAGCGAACAGGAUCCAAGCAGCCUGACAACGAGCUCCACAUCACCUACAACCGACAAUACCCUCGCUCGAUCACCAAAUGCUGAUCUCGUACAACCUCAACACCAAAAUCACGAGAUCUCUGAGGUCCGGACAGGCAAUAUCGAGCCAAUGUCUCCUACACGUCCUAUAACACCAUCUGUAUCUUCGGAAGACCUAGUCACAACAUUUGUCUCGACCGACCUCCGCCUGAAUGACGCAAGUCCGCAAUUCCCAACACCUGGCCCGAUUUCUACACGUGAAGGCAAGGCUGAAAGACACGAGAAUAGUCACACUAGCGUUAUCCUGGAUAGUCAGGAUGUAGAAGAGUCUAGUGUGCAAAGUGUCCCACACAAUGAAGAAGCCCACCAGCAAGACACUUCUACAGUCUCAGAGCAGGAUACAACCUGCCAACCUGACGCAUCAGCAACUGUGCAAGGUAAUGAGCCAACAAGUGUCUCGAGCUUGCCUUCUAUCGCAGUGGUCAUGCCUGUUUCGUCUCGUUCUCCCACCACAUGGUCCAAACGUACACUCUCAAGCAAGCAGUGUGACCUCGAACCCCUUCUACGCGAAGAUGACUAUGAUUUGAUCUCAUCAGACGACGAGGAUGAUGCGGACUAUAUUGACGACGACGACAUACCAGAGGCGGACCAACGACCGCCGGCCUCUAAACGACGCAAAAUCAGCGCGAGAGCACGCUCGUCACCAAUUUCGAGAGAAACGCGAUUGUCAAAAAAUCUUUGCUGA